AGCUAUUCUGACUUGGCUGCAUGUUUACUUGUCUACAGCAACCGCAAAGCGAUUACAACAAAAAUGGGACAAGAACAGAGCACACUUGAGAAGAACGGCUACAAAAUAGAAAGUGAAACAAACAAUGGUGUUGUAGCCAUAAAGAACAGUGACAGAUAUCUCAUCAGAAAGCUCAAAAUUUCCACAGAUGCGGAAUUCAUCGCAGAGAUAGAAAUCCUAAAGACAAUAACACAUCCUCAUAUUAUGAGCACCAAGAAUUCUUUUAAAGAUGAAGAUCAGAACACUUACUAUGUAGUGAUGGACUACUGUCUGGGAGGGAGCCUUGCAGAAAAGCUCAAAGAAAAGGGUGAAUGUCUGCAAGAGUUUGAGGCACUUAGCUGGACUGUAGAAAUGUGUAUGGCACUGAGAACCAUUCAUGAAAAGGGCUUGCUUCACAGAGCUCUGACACCAGAGAACAUUUUCUUUACACAAUCUGGGACACUGCUGUUGAGUGGAUUUGGAAAAAUCCAGAGAAGUUCAAAGAACACUAAUUUGGAUACUGUCGGAAAUGAACUAAUUAACUAUUCAGCGCCAGAAGUCUUCACAGAGGAAACAUAUGAUUCUAAAAGUGAAAUUUGGUCAAUGGGAUGCAUCCUUCAUGAGCUUUGUACUCAACAAUUUGCAUUCUCUGCAGAGACCACCGGCAAGCUCAUCUCCAAGAUUAUUAGUGGCCCUUACCCAUCUCUCCCAGAUCAGUGCUCGUCAGAGUUCUGUGAACUCUUGAGGGACAUAUUGAAUAGAGACCCUCACUCAAGACCAACAGCCUGUGAGAUUUUGGCGCAUCCACUUACAAUAACAUGCCUGUCAAAAAAGAGCAAAACAACUGCAGAGCACCUUCAGACUCAGUUGAACAACCUAAGGGCUGUGGCAGAUAAUUUGGAACGUGUGCACCAGGGCACCACUAUUGGAAGUCUGGCAGGAGGAGUGAUCGGAGCAGUUGGAGGGAUUACAUCCAUAGUGGGCCUUAUUCUGGCCCCCUUCACUUUGGGAGCCUCUCUUGUUGUCACUGGGAUUGGAGUAGGGGUGGGUGUGGCUGGUGGGGCCACUGCAGGUGUCUCAAAUAUCACAAACAUGGUCAAUCAGUCUUCUGAUCGCAAAGCCAUUGAAAACAUCAUUAAAGAAUUUGAAGAGCAAAUUAAUGCUGUAGCCGUGUGGCUCCAGGAGAUUAGCAACAGUUUGCAGAUGAUCAGGGGUAGAUGUUACUCACCUGACAUGUCUAACAAUGAGGACAGCAAUUUCAAUCAAGAAAACUGGGCAAGGUUUGGCCCAACAGUAGGUAUGGGCUUAGGCAGCGUUACUGAACUGUUUCGACUGCUUCGAGUGGUAAAUAUUGGCAAAAUUGCAGCACAAGCAUCCAAGGCAGUGCGUGUGGCAGAGCUGGCAACAGGUGCAAUUUCUGCCUUAUUUCUGGCAGUGGAUAUCUUCUUUAUUGCAAUGGACGCUAAAGAGAUACACCACAUUAGACAGAAAGACACAAAUGGUAAAACCUGUUCUGAGAUCCUGAAAUUUGUCCAGUCCAUCAGGCAGGCUGCAGACGAGUUGCAGGGAGUUUUGGAUGAGCUCAAAUGCAUAAUCUCAGCUAUCCCUUUACUUGAGGAUGAGAGAGAGUUGGAAUGGCAACAUAUGGAUUAAUGUAACCUAGAGUCUCAGGUUACAAGUUUAUAUGUGACUGAUACUGGACGUUACCCAAACUAAGGG